AUGCAUUUUCACUAUGGGCUUGGUGUAGGACGCACAUACUCCCAUAGGCCUGAAAUCUUAGAAGGCCUUGGCUCAGCACUAUACCCUGCAGCUCAAACUGAAGAUGUUGAAUACAUAGGGACUGAACAAAGCCUCAUGGAAACCACCCAUUGGCAACAUGCAGCCAACGAUGAGAAUGAAGAGGGUGAAGAUCACCUUGGCAUUGAAGAAUCCAUCCUCUUCGAGCAGCAACGUAAUGGAAGCACCAAGACGCUCAUAGAGGCACUAGAGGAGAUGUAUACCAACCAUGUGUUAGAUUAUGAAAACUAA